UUGUAUACUACAAUUAUUGCACAAUAAUUCCACGAUUUCCUACAGGGCAUGCAUAUUAUACUUGUUUUGAAAAUAGAAUUGUCAACAACGAAAUGUCGCUAAGAAUUAAUCACAUCGAGUAAUCACUGGCAAUCGGAAUGGCUACAACAGCAAUAGCAAUAGCAACAACAAAAACAGCAACAAUUGGGGCGAUGUCAGUGGCAGCAGUCAAUAGCUCGCACAAUUCAUUUACUCGAACUAUGUUGACAAUUACCGAGCACUAAAUUAUUUCACAACAAAAACAAAUGAAAAAAUUAAUGCGAUAUAUUCUAUACUCCACAAUUUGGCCCAGUAGUGAGCGCUUGCCGAACCAAAAAUCAAAAAUCAUAAUCAAAUCAUAUCAAAGCAACAAUCGCAACAUAGAAUAAAAUUCCAAAAAAGCAAAACAAAAUGUCGACUUCUGUACAAAAUUUUAACAAACCCGCAACUGUCGUCGACUCCACAGCGGUCAUCUCAGCUACCGCCGUUGCCGCCAGCUCUGCCAUCCAGCAGCUCUCAUCCAUUUCGCUAAUGCUCGAGUACGACAUUGACAACACAUUGAAUACCAUCAAAGAAAAUGGUACCCAUCUGAUACAACAACAACAACAACACCAAAAGAAUGUCAAUCAACUGCCGGCAAUUCACAUAAAAAGGCAAUCAGCAACAACGACCGCUGCAAAAGAUGCUACGGCGACAACACAACAUGGCGACAAUAUCACAUCGGAAGCUUUAAAAGAUAUCAAACCUGUGCUGCCACCUACACCGCCAGCUACGCCAAAUCUGACAAACACUGCGCGCAAACGUUGGAAGAUUUUGGCUAAAGUAUUGCGCAAGGACUCAGAGGAGACGGUCUCCUCGUCGGGCGAGGAGUUUGGCGAAGAGCAAACUGCCUCGGUGCGUCGAUUUAAGUCCUUCGAUUUGUUGCGUCAGGACAGCUUUGAAGAUCACAUGACACUGAAUUGCUUAGGCAAACCGGAGAAUUGGUACAAGUAUAGUGUGUUGCUCGACGGAGAUGGUCAGCAGGAGUUUACUGUGAAUAUACAUCACGUGGAGCGCCAGUUGACCGCUAGCGAUCUGAUGGGGUUCAACAAUACCGGCAACAUUUGUGUGUGGCCCUCGGAGGAGGCUUUAACCGCCUAUGUGCUGUCUAAUGUGGGCGCGUAUAGUGACAAAUGGAUACUGGAAUUGGGUGGCGGGUUUACAUGUCUGGCUGGACUGAUGCUGUCCAAGUACGCCAAGCCGUAUGCGGUACAUCUGACCGAUGGCAACGAAGUGUCGGUGGAGAAUGUGAAGAAGACUGUGUGCUUGAAUGAGCUCUCCUGCUAUACAAAGUGCUCGGUGCUUAAGUGGGAGGAUGUGGAGGCGCGCGUAGCAGCUGAAGCUGGAAAAUUCGAUGUAAUACUCUCCGCAGAUUGCUUGUUCUUUGAUGAAGCGCGUUCCUCAUUGGUAGAGACAAUUUGGUAUUACCUGGCGCCCAGAGGUGAGGCGGUAAUAAUGGCACCAAGACGCGGCAAAACGAUGGCAAUGUUUGUGGGCGAAUGUACGCGUCGGGGAUUCGAAGUGGAGAUAGCACAGCGUUAUAAUGAGACCAUAUGGAAGCGACAUGAAGAUUUAAUGACAUCGUCCGAAUUGUAUGACGAGGAUUUGCAUUAUCCGGUGCUGCUGCGAUUGCGCAAGUCCAUAGUAGACGCUUUCGACUGAAAGGCGAGCAAUUGAAUAAAUGUAGAAGAAAUGAGAAUAUUUUACAAUAACAACGUUAGGAACCAAUUUUGUAUUAUACCAAUGAUUCCAAGCGCUAAUUCCGGAUAAAUGAACAAAUAAUUAAAUGUAUUAUAGAAAUUUGUAUAUCGAACAACAGUUUGUACAUUUUUGUCGCGCUUUUAGGCGCGCAAACAAGAUGGUAAAUGCUUUAAAAUAAAUAGUACACAAGUUCAAA